AUGGAAGGUGGUCAACCAGUUGCGGAAGUCUGUUCAUACUCACCUAAUAAAUGUGCCGAAGUAAUUAACGGCAGCAUGCACUCAAGUUCAACAUCGGAUUCGGACUAUGAAUAUCGUAAAAGAAAUAGUUACUGUCUUAGCUGCCAAAGGAGACCUAAAGCUUCGUUAAAGUUCAUCUUAACUAUAUGGUACUCUCCAGAAACAAGCUCAGCUAUAGCUGAAUCUAUGUCAUCUGCGUAUACCGAAGUGCAGUUACAGGAAAUUGUGUCCAGUUCAACCAAAGAUAUAUUACAAUUAGCUGAGAAACACUUUGCCGACCUUAGAAUAUAGUAUUUUUCUCUUUCCCCUUUUCUUGUCUUCAAUUUAUCUGUCAUCUUUUCUUUUCACACUAGAGUUUUGUGUUCUCAUCUUUGCCAAAAAUCAAAAGUUCGUUCCAAUCAACUCACCACAAAAUUGUAUAUUUUGUUAAUUAUGCACGUAUUUUUUCGUUUGUGUACUGGGCGAUGAACGUCUGUGCGCGUUUAUGUGUACAUAGAUUAUAUCCACCCACAUUAAUAAUUCAGAUAACAGUGAUACAAACGAUUCAGAAUGUCAACAACCAUAAAUACAUCUCUUGUUCAUGAUACAUAGUAAUAAAAAAGCAAAGUAAUGCAGUGUAAUGUAAUGUUAUUU